AUAUUUGUUCCUAAAAAGCUUGACUAAACGGUUUCCUAAUCUUAUGGCUUUGUCUGCCUCUUCAUGGAAGCAGACCAAGUCUUUUUUCACGCUGUUGAAGAAGUGCAGGUUGGACGGACAGACACAGAUGUUGUUUUUUCAGCCCACGAUCGCACUCUUUUGCUUCCUUGGUCCUGUGAUCUGCCCGUCCUGUUUGGCUACACUCUGCCCUGCUGCUCACUCUGUGGUUUUGAGGGGCAUUUCCGACAUGCUGGUUAAAGACUGUGUGUGUGCUGAGACAUAAUCCCAGCACUAGCUUCUACCCUCAGGCCAGCGUAGCUUCUCUGGCCGGUUUGCUAGGAUGCUACAUGGCAGGCGUUCGCUAUGCGUUGGAGAUCCAGGCUCUUCAGAGGGGCUCAGCUGAGUCCUGCCAGGCUGAGGAAGAUGACACUAACCAGUCGGUCUCAUCAAUCGAGGAUGACUUUGUCACAGCCCUGGAGAAUCUGGAGGAGGAUGACACAGGACACAAUCCCUCUGCAGGCCCCUAUCGCCAUUUGAAAAAGCGUGACAUGGCAUCACAGACAAUCCCAGCUCACAGAAGAAAAAAGGAAUUAGCAGGCUCCCGUAUCAUCAUAUGCUCAUCGUCGAAGAGAAAUGCAGCCAAACAGAGUCCUGGUCCGGAUGUCUCUGUCACAGUGCAGAGGUCAUCGGGCCUUGAAUCCCAGUGGACGUACUGCAGCCCCGGGGCUCGUGUGCCCUCCCCUGUGAUCCAUGUCAGUGAAUCUGAAGACUCUGACGGCUCAAGCCCCAGCCCAAUCAUAUUCCUAGAUGAAGUGGGCUAUCAGAAGAGCAUGCGGGCCAAACUGGACAUCCCCCAGGUGCCAGGGGGUCCCAGAGAGCGCGUUGAAGACUCGGACUCUGAAGUCAGUGAGUUCUUUGACAGCUUUGACCAGUUUGAUGACCUGGAUGAGUUGAGCUCAGAUAACUGCACUCUCGCACUGCCUCUGGAUGCGAUCAGUGCCUCGACGUCACAGAGCAGUGGGUCAGUAUCCAAAUAUGUGUCCAGGGGUUGCUCAACCAAGGGAAUGAACCCUCACCGAUUUGACCACCCAACUCUCCCAGCCAAUGUGAAAAAACCCACUCCUCUGAAACCAGGCUCGCCCUACUCGCUUCACUCUGAGGUGCCUGACUCCCCUCGACCAAUGCAGACCCCAUCGGACGAGAACGGUGGCCCACUCUUCAGUCCUGUCAGCUCCUCAGCCUUCAGCCCCUUGGUUGACUCUAGUGGACCUCUUGAGUACUUCUGGAAGGCAGAAGAAGAUGGACAGGACAUCUUAGAGCUACGUAAACCCCAGGAUGUCUGCUCUCUGUAUAAAACCUACUCAGACUUUGCCAGCAGUCUUUCCAAAGAGAUUCUGGGAUCUGUGUGUGGCUACCAGUCUGCCGUUGACAUCAGUGACAACAAGAAUCUCAGCUGUGUCUGCCACAAGGAAUUCGAGAACCCUUCAGGAUACCUGAUGAAGCUCUCAGAAAUACAAGAGACGGUAACAGUGGGCGCUCUGCAGAAGAAGUCCCAGUCUCUGAAGGACGGCAUUCAGAGGUUUGCCACUGACCUGGUGGAGAUGAGCUUGGGCAGCGCGUUGCGAGACCUCCAAAAAGGUGUAUCCUCCUGUACCACCACCUUGUGUCACCUGGCUGCCAGGCUCACCUCCUCAGUGUUCCAGAUGGCUUUCCAGGAGAUCGGUAUGCGCCACGCCUACGUGUUGAAAAAAAGGGCAAUCAAUGGAUUGGCUGGCUUCCUGGUUGGAGAGGCUGUAUCCGGGGCGCUGAAAGACUUCCUGACAGUGAAGAAGCAGAUUUUCCACAGCACAGUGUCACAGUUCGCUGCUGAACUGGCUGAAGAGCUGGUGUUUGAAGGCAUUAUGGAAGUGUGUCAGUUCUCCCACCCCUCAACCCCUCGCACCCCUAGUGAUUGGUCCUUUGGCCAAGGGUACGAGGAGGAGGAGGAAGAGGAGGAGGAGGUGGUUUGCUCUUAUGCUUCUGACUUGUCUGAGUCUGUUAUCCAAGAGGCCUUCAUAGAGCUUUCUCAGGCUGAUGUGUCCUUCACUAGCCAAGCAGCUAUAAGUGUGUCUCUGGACAACAUCUGUUAUGUCAGUUCAGAGACCACUGGCGCCCAAACCUGCAGUACCUUUGCAAACCAGCAGGCUCUUAGUUCCAGCUCUGCUGCAGCUGCCCCAGGGCCCUCUGGAGAAGAUGCUUCCUGUACGGUGAAGAAAGCCCUGUUCACUGUAUCAGGCAUGGCCAGCUGUAUUCCUGUGCCCAAAGCAGGCCAAGCCCUCACACACAUCCAUGAUUCUGAGGAGACCUGUCAGUAUGAGUCUAGCUUGUCAGAUAUCCAACAAAACAGCCCCAAAAGACUAAAUGUGUCUGCCACUGACACACAAACUCACCUUCACAGUCAUGGAACUCAGACCCCAACGCCUGGAGAAGACCACUCUCAUGGAAAGUCCUCUUUCCAAAACUUCUCUGGCAACAUGGUGGAUAUGAUAGUAACUGAAGCGUGUGAGCUAAUAACUGCUUCUAAGGUGAAGAAGAGUUUCGGUGACUGUGCUGAAUUCUUUACAAAGACUAUCGGCAGCAGAAGGGAUUCUUCUUCUCAGCAGGAAACUGAAAAUGAUGAGGCUCCAGAUUCCCCUUCAAAGCAGGGCGCUUGCUUCAGAUAUGUCUGUAGAGAUCCUGGAUAUGUUAGAAACAUCAUCCCUGUUGAGCAAGCAACACCCCCAAGCAUUCCUCACAUUUCUUUCCAGACAAGCCAAAAUAGAGCCAGCUGUGAGUUAGACGGCAAGAACAAAGGUGUGGCUGAAACACAUCCUGUGAUGAUGCAUACCCUUGAUGUACCGGGCACCGAGAUGGGUGGACAAAGGAGGACAUCUGUUCCGGGGGAUGACUCGGCUCAAAGCUCUGGACAAAAGUCUGGCGGGACUCCCGGCCCUCCUCCUUCUACCCCUCAGCAGCCCAGCGAGGUGUCCAAAGAGAAACAGAUUAAACAGUUCUCAAAGAAGCUGAAAAGCAAGCUAGCCAAGGAAUUUUCCCCCGCUACCCCACCUCCCACUCCUCACUAUCAGCCUGAGCCUGGCCCAGGGCCAAAAGACAUCUCCCCCGAGGCAGACAAGGCUGAAUUCAUGCUUAAGUUGAUGAGGUCUCUCUCUGAGGAGGCAGAUGGCAAUGAGGAUGAAGAGGUUGAAGAAUUGGCAGAAGAGGGUGGAGCCGAUGGCACUAACAAAUGUCCAGAGACAGGAAGUGGCCGACGGGAUUCAAACCAGAUGUCCGCUCGCAGAAUGUCCCACAAGGAAGCUUUACAUUAUGCCGAGCGGUUGGCUUGCCAUAUAGUCUCAAUGGCAACAGAGAUGGACACUUUGGGAGUAGCGGAAGAAGAAGGAGAGAUGAGCAAAGGCAGUGGAAGAAGGAGAGACAGUGUGGCUCAGUUCUCAGAGCAAACCCUAAACACCUUGUGGGUUUAUGCCGGGGAGGUGGCCGGAGAAGUCAUCAAUGACGUGAAGAGGAUGGUGAGCUCUGCACAGCAAUGUCCAUAUCACAAAGACCUCAGAAGAAGGAGCUUUGAGAGAUCUAGCUCUGAAUCUUUGCAUCACCAGUCUCCUCCUGGGGCAGAGCAGAGCAAAGACUGGAGGGUAGGGCGGCUGGCUGAGCAGUGGUCUAAUGACCUGAUAGCCUCGGUCUUCCGGUCUCCUCCCUCCACUUCAAGCACGAUGUCAAGCUCCAGCUCUGGCCUGUCCUCUGAGUAUCCGAGCUGUGAGAGUGUGACGGACGAAUACGCUGGCUACCUCAUUAGGGUUCUGAAAAAGGAGGGAGGCAACAGGGAGUUAGUGCUGGACCAGUAUGCGAGUCGUUUGGCCUACCGCUCCAUAAAACUGGGCUUGGCUCAUGCCAGUCGCAAGAUUAAGAAGAGAUCCUCCAGCACCCGGCUUCACUCUUCCAGGUCGCUGCCCGAUGAAUGGAAAGUGUCUGGAAGUGAGGCCUCGACACCCAAGAACAGAGAUGAGUCGGUGGUUAGUCCCUCAAGUGACGCAGCUCAGUGUUGUUGCAGUGACUCUGAAGAGCAGAGCCAAAGGGAGUACAUGGAUCUGCUCAACUUUGCAGAGUCGUUAGCGUACAACAUCACCUGCGAUGUGACCCGCAAGCUGCAUCUUUCCUCUGCACGACUUCCCAAGUCUCUCACUGACUCCUGUCUUUAUAAGAAGUCCAAACUUGAAGACAUGGCAGAGAACCUCAUCAGGAACUCCUUCUCCUGCCCCCUGUUGUCCAAUGAGGCGAAGAGCAAGCAGUACCACAGUACAGGAAGCCUGUAUGACGGUGGCUACAGGGGUCAGGCGAUGCAGGUUAUUGAGCAUUAUGCCAGGAAAAUAGUUGAUGACACUCUGAAGAUGAGCAUGGCUUCAGUUGGACAGUCAUCCCGGGAGCACCAGAGAAACCAAGGCCACGAGAGACACUCUCACACCCAGAGGUUGUCUGAGGGCCAAUCGCUGGGCCAUGCUCUUGGGGAGAGGACAUGCCGUUAUUGUCAGGUCCAGGAGUGCCCAUACUGCACCAAACCUAGCAGGCACCACCACCAGCCUGUACUUCAGAGGAGGAGAAGAAGGGAAGACGGUCAGGCAAGAGCUGAGCGUCUCCCCAGCCUGGAGAUUCCCAAGAUCCACAUCGACCUGGACCACAGGGCAAUGUUUGCAGAGGAGAUGGUGUCGAUGGCAAUGGAGACAGCUAAACGUGAGCUGAGCAACACCAGCCUGAACGCAGACAGCGGCAUCGGGCAUGAUGGAGCCAGCUAUGCUGAGAGUCUCACUGCUGAGAUCAUGACGUCGGCCAUAUCCAACAUCUGCCUGCCCGGCAACAUCAGCUUCCCCUGUAGGGAAGUUGCUGAGUCGUCCGUGUCCCAGCAGCUGAGUGUGGGAGACGACAGUCUGGGCAGCUGGUCUAACCUGAGCUUUGAAGAUGAGCAUCAGGACGAUAACAGCAGCUUCCUGCACCUCAGCGACAGCAGCAAUGGGAACAGCAGCAGUUGGAGCAGUCUGGGUCUGGAGGGGGAGGCGUGUGAGGAGCGCAUGUCCUUCUCCCCUUCUGACAG